AUGAGAUCCUGUUGCGCUGUACUGGCUUUGGCUCUUGUGGCUAAAGCAUCAGCGCAAGAUCAACGUGCAAUCGUUUUCAUGUUGUUACUCUAUUUUGUUUCCUUUCUUGCAGGUUGCAUGUGUAACACAAUGAAGUGGGCGACCUGUGAAGUAACCCCUGGGUCCUGUGAGUGCACUGCCAUGGUGGCAGAGAAAAGCAAGCAAGUGCUGAACUGUAGUGCUUUGAUUCCUAAAUGCUUUCUGAUGAAGGCGGAAGUGUUCAGAGCACAGAAAGGAUUAUCCAGCCGUUCAGGGGGGAAGCCUACUGAACACGCCUUUGUGGAUGAUGAUGGCGUCUACGAUCCUGACUGCGAGGCCAGCGGUGUUUUCAAAGCCAAGCAGUGUGCCGGUACUCAAACCUGCUGGUGUGUCAACAGUGCAGGGGUGCGAAGAACAGACAAGGGGGAUUCAGGACUGAAAUGCAAUGAACUUGUUAAAACUGUGUGGUUGCAGAUCCAGCUCAAGCACGUGGAGGUCCAGUUACCGCUUAAUGAAACCCAAGUGAAGACAGCCAUCACUCAGACCAUUUCACAGCGCUAUCUUCUGGAUGAAAAGCACGUGACUGAUGUAAAGUAUGAACGGGAGAGCCACACUGUUGUUGUGGAUCUGAAGAGCGAUGGCUCUAGUGAUGGGGACAUUGCCACAGUGGGGUACUAUAUUGAGAAAGAUGUGAAGCGUAUGACACUGCUCAGGAAUGCCAGCAACACCUUGACUGCCAACGUGAACGGAACCCAGGUGGAUUUCGAGAGCUUCAUGAUCUACUACGUUGAUGAGAAGCCCCCGACAUUCACCACGAAUCGAGUGAUGGGGGGCGUCAUCGCUGCCACUGUGGUCAUUGCCCUAGCAAUCGUUGCUGUGCUUCUUCUGAGGGUUAGUAUUCACUGCAGAUUAGGAAAUUUAAAGUAA